CUCAGUAACCGUGCCUUCUUGUCGACCCAAACAAACAUGUCCGCUUUGAAAUGAGGCUUUCACAGCUUUUUUCCUGCAUUUUCGCCCUCAUAAACUUCAUUAAGCGUUGCAUUUUUGGACGAAAGAAGACCAAAGAUGAAGACAAUAACGUGAAAGCCCCGAGUGGUGUUUUGGUUCAAAAAUCCGCAGAGGAAGAGGAUCUGCAAGCAUGGGAUGACUGGGGCCAAAACGAUUCCGAUCUUGUUAGCAUUAAAAUUGAGUCUCAAAAUGAGCAAUCAGAACAAAACACCCAAGAAGUUGAUCUCUUUGGGGAUAUGCAACCUGUUUUUCAAAAAACCAAACAGAUUCGCUUGAAAUCUCAAGUUCCUGUAGUGAACAAUUAUAAUCAACCAUCAGAUAGACUUAAAUUUAAUUCAUUCACAUCCAUUCCUGAGACUGAAUUGGGAACCUGGAGUGAAGAACCGGAUGCCUGGGAUGAGAUUCCAGAUCAGGAAACUGAAUGGGAAACGCAAAAUGUCUUGAAAGAGAAGCGCAUGGCAGAACGCGAGAAACGAGCCCUCGAACAACAGAAACGAAAACAAGAAAGAGACGCAGCGAGGUCGUCGAAAAAAACUGCCCUCAAUUUAGGAGUAAAAAUUAGCUAGUGAAACAUUGAUUUUAAAUUAAAAUGUGUUGAUAAAGAUUUCUUCACAAUGUACUGUAGAUAGUUGAGAAUAAUCGACUUUGUUAUACUGACGUUGCUCUUGC